GAGGGGAGGCCUGGAGCGGCGGGCCAGGCCCGGGGGUCCCUUUUUGCCGCCCCUCCGGUGAGGCCCUGCCCCGGUGCCGCUCCUGGGCAGGCUCGGAGGGCGGGAGAAGGGAAUUUAGGCAAGGUGAAAAUGCAGGAAAAAGGAUUUUAGGAUGGAUCCGAGGAUGUUCCAGGUAGGAGAAAGGAUUGAGUCCAUCCCAGGCCUUGAGUCCAUUCCCAAACCUCGGGAAUGGAGCAGUGGUUUAUUUUCAAUUUAUUUUAAUUCAUCAUUAUCUGCCAUUAAAAUCAAAGGUUCCUCCCCAGACCUCCCAAAGCUGUGAUUUCCCCCGUGUCUGGUUGAUUCGAGAGCUCCUGUUUUCCUUGGAUUUGGCUUUUCCCAGCGUGGAUAACAAUCCCAACCCCUUUUUUGGGCUGAUAAAUCCAAAUUCAAGGAGUUUCUCCCCUCCCUCUGGAUCCCCUGGAUCGGGAUAGAGAUUUCCGAGGGCGCAAACUCCCAACUCUGCCCGCCUGACCUCAAACCUCAAUCCCCAUAAAACAAAAAAAAAAAACCCCAAAAAACCGACUCCAGAUCCUGGAAGAACCCCAAUUUCUCCCGGUUUCCCAGAGGGUUUGAGGGAUGCCCAAGAAAUUCCAGGGGGAGAACAGCAAGUCGGCGGCGGCGCGCGCCCGCAGGGCCGAGGCCAAGGCGGCGGCGGAGGCGCGGCGGCAGCAGGAGCUGGAGGAUGAGCUCUGGAAGGACGAGGACAAACAUGUCCUGAGGAAGGAGCAGAGGAAGGAGGAGCGGGAGAAGCGGCGCCUGGAGCAGCUGGAGCGCCGCAAGGAGCUGCAGCGGCUGCUGGAGGAGGAGGACUCCAAGCUCAAGGGGAAGAGCCCCAGGCAGGGAAAUCCCGGGAAAAUCACCCGGGCCCAGAUCGAGGAGAACGUCCGCAAGGAGCAGCAGCAGAGGGAACACACGGAUGCAGGGGAGAAGGAGAAAUCGCACCUGGAGCUGCCGCUGGAGGAGAACCUGAACCGGAGGCUGCCUGAGGAGGGCGCUGUGGAGGCGCGCAGCAUCGAGGACGCCAUCGCCGCCCUCAGCGUGUCCCAGCCCCUGGAGCGCCACCCCGAGCGCCGGCUCCGCGCCGCCUUCGCCGCCUUCGAGGAGCUGCAGCUGCCGCGCCUGCGGCGGGACAACCCCAACAUGCGGCUGAGCCAGCUGCGCCAGCUGCUCAAGAAGGAGUGGAUGAGGUCCCCCGAGAACCCCCUGAACCAGCGCCACAAACCCUACAACAGCCACCAAUAGCCCCGGCCUCCCGGACUGCCGUCCUCGCCAGGACCCUCCCCCGCCUCCCCGUGGGGGUUUUUGGGGUUUUUUGGGGUUUUUGGGAUUUUUCCCUCUCUCUCUCGCCCUGGAUUUGGGGUGAGCUCGAGGUCGGACUGAUGGCGCCUUCUCCUUGCUGAGGUUCCUGAGGAGGAGUGGCUCUCAGGCUCCCAGGCUGCCCUGGGUGUUCCCUGCUUGGAGUUCUGGGGUUGUGGCGUGGAAAAUGCUCCUGGGGAGUGACCCCGAAGAGAUUCCGGAUCCUGGAUCUGC